CCCGCCUCCUGAUGGGCCUCCGCCGUCGCUGGUUCAGGAAAUGCCAGUGGAAGCAGGUGAAGGGCCUGUGUUGGGCGCACUUGUGCUGCAAGAAGAGCGGGCAUUGCUCCGUGCGGAACUCCUUAAGGUACCUGCAAAAUAAAAGAUUCUAUGACCGGAGAUGGCUCGUACCAAGCAGACCGCCCGAAAAUCGACCGGCGGCAAAGCGCCCAGGAAGCAACUGGCCACCAAGGCAGCCAGGAAAAGCGCACCGUCCACCGGUGGGGUAAAGAAGCCUCAUCGUUAUAGGCCAGGCACAGUUGCUCUCCGAGAAAUCCGCAGAUACCAGAAGUCCACUGAAUUGCUUAUCCGUAAACUACCUUUCCAACGUCUGGUGAGGGAAAUUGCCCAGGACUUCAAAACUGAUUUGAGGUUUCAGAGUGCUGCAAUUGGAGCUUUGCAGGAAGCCAGUGAGGCCUACCUGGUUGGCUUAUUUGAGGACACCAAUUUAUGUGCCAUCCAUGCUAAAAGAGUGACUAUUAUGCCCAAAGACAUUCAGUUGGCCCGGCGAAUCAGAGGAGAGCGUGCUUGAAACUCUGCACAUUUGAGAUUUUCUCCAGAAGUUAAUCGUAUUUUGGAAUCGGUAUUUGAAAAUGCCAAUUUCUAAAACACUUUUGGACUGCAGUCUUGGCUUCUUGUGAAGGCUGGGCCAUGUUUCAUAUUUUUGUUAGUAUUAACAGUAAUUUACAGUGUGGAAGUAGCAGAUCAUUUUGUAAACAUUCCUUGACUAUUGGCUCAGGUUUCAAAAUAAAACAUUUUGUAUCUUUA